UGCAUAUGUAUCUCCACGAUAUACAGUGUACAUGCAGAGCCAGUUAGCAUGAAACACGGUGUACGGUACCUACGUGUAUAUAUCAGUGGCGGAUUGGAUCUUGCAGACAAACUGUCACUCACAGUGUCGGUGUCGAGGACUGUCGUUGUCAAGCUGACAGCAGAUAGUCCAACUGCUGAUGAAGCUGAAUUAAGUGCAGAUUGCCGCUUUUGAUGAUCUACAUAUGUGUACAUGUGUGUACGUGUACUGAGUGGCCACCAACGCAGUCAUGGGUUGCGGAGCCUCCCGUAGCUUGGAUUACUCCUCAGAAAUCAGCCAGCAGUGGGACAGCGUGAGCAAGACCAUCGAAGUCCAACAGCAGAACAAGAAGCUGGUUAUCAAGCGGGUGGGCUGGAAGACGAUUCGAGUCUUUGUGUCGUCCACGUUCCGCGACUUUCACGCUGAACGGGAGGUGUUGAUUAAAGAGGUGUUUCCUGAUCUAAGGGCAUGGUGUGAGAAGAGACGACUCUACCUCGUGGAUGUCGACUUGAGAUGGGGUGUGCCGAAAGACACAACCUCCGAAGAGACGCUGAGGAUGUGUCUGGGAGAGAUUGACCGUUGCUACGCCGACAACAUCAUGCCUUUCUUUCUCAACAUGACAAGUGAGCGUUGUGGAUGGAUCCCAGGUUUAAGUGAAGUCCCCGAGAGCCUUCAGCAGGAGUAUCGAUGGAUCCAUGGUUUGUCCGUCACCGAGAUGGAGAUCAUGCAUGGAGCUUACCGCAAAGAUAACUAUAAUUCUUUAUUUGCAAUACGAGAUGCUUCCUUUUUGGACUCGGUGCCAGAGAAAUACCACAAGGACUUUGUAGACUCCAAUCCAGUCGCUUCCCAGAAACUCAAAGUGCUCAAGGGCAUGCUGACAGACAGGUUUCCCAUCAAUGGUUCUUCAUCAUCACUCCCCUUCUCCUUAUCUUCAGCCUCCUCUUCUUUGACCUCGAUGGAUGGCCGGGUGUUCAAGUACCAAUGCAAGUUUGGUGGAAUUGACGUCGACACUGGCAAAGUGCAAAUGGAAGGCCUGGACGAGUUUAAGAAUAUGAUCUUUCAGUUCUUCAAGACCAGGAUCACAGAGCAGUACCCGCUGGACGAGAAGGCCAAGCUGGAUCCGUACGAGCAGCAGCGAGAGGCGCACGACGCCUUCAUGAAGAGCCGCAGCGCCAUCGUCAUCGGCAGAAACGACAUCUUACAGAAGAUGGAGGAGUAUGUGACCGACCUUGGCACAGGGGUGCCCCUGUUAUUGCUGGGAGGUCCGGGCUCCGGCAAAUCAUCCAUUAUGGCCCGAGUGGCUGACGUAGCAGCGAACAAGGCAGGAAGUGGGGAGAUACCAGGCGGUGGUGAAAAGGGCUGGCAUGUCUUUUAUCACUUUGUCGGCGCUAUUCCAGGAUCCACGGACGUCGAGAAAAUGCUGAAGCGAUUACUGAGGGAGUUGAAAAUGUGCAAUGAUUCCAACAUGCCCAAGGAUUACGAGACGGCUGCCCAACUUGUUGGAAGUGUCCUGUCCAAUCCAAACUCCAGUCCGGUCAUCAUCAUCAUAGAUGCGCUGAACCAGCUGAACGAAGACAAGGUGACCUCCAUCCUGAGCUGGUUGCCCCGGAAACUGGCCCCCCAGGUGCGCUGCAUCUUUUCCACGAUCGAUGACACCCCUCCCCACCGUCUGCUGAAGGACAGGAACGUUAAGCCUGAAGAGUUGGCUGUCACGCCACUCGACAUGGAUUCCAGGAAGGAGAUAGUUCGGGAGAUCCUCGGCCGCUACAACAAGCGACUGGACGCGGAGCAGAUGGCAAGCCUGCUGGGUAAGGAUUCCUCCCAGAAUCCCCUCUGGUUGGCCAUCGCCUGCGAGGAGCUUCGCGUCUACGGAGACUUCAGCACCAUCACCAAGAAGAUCAACUCCCUGUCUGACGGCUUGUUAAAUUUGCUGAGCCAAGUCCUGGCGCGCUUCGAGCAGGAGAAUGGUGGUUACCUGGUGGUGGCCACCCUCUCGCUCCUGGAGUGCUCCUCCAACGGACUGCUGGAGACAGAGCUGCUCUCUAUCCUGGGCAGCGAUGACAACAUGUCCAUCCUCACCAAGAAGGGCCACCGCAAGGACCGGGGCCAGGAGAAGACCCGAGGUGAGCCCCUGCCGGCCAUCAAGUGGUCGAUGGUGUACCGGGCUCUCCGGCCGUUCCUCAGGCCGUUCGGGGACAGCGGGGAAGGGCGGCUGGACUUCUACCAUCGGUCUCUCAGCAAAUCCGUCCGGCAAAAAUAUUUUGGGCUCAAACCGGGCCAAGAAGGGGGCUCAGACAAAAUGAGCAAGUGGUGGCACCAGGUGCUGGCCGACUUCUUCGAGCACGAGCAGAACAUGGACCGGAAAGUUGAGGAAUAUCCAUACCAACUGGUGAAGACGCACGACCAGGAGAGGUUAGCGCGAUGCCUGACUGAGUGGCCCGUGCUGGAUCGACUCUUUGACGAGGAGUACAGCUCACAGCUGCUAGCCUACUGGAGGGAGAUUGAUAAGGACGGGAAAUACUCCAAGAUGGAGGAGAACUACAGGGCGAGUCUGAAAGAUCUCGAGGCACGACCGGGCAUCUCGCAAGAGGAAAUCUCCAUGAGAAAUGAGAACAUUGCAAGACUUUUCAUUCAGGCAGGUCUAUACAACCACGCAAAGGAUCUCAUAGACAAGGCAGUGUCCCUAGAGCAAGAGCACCUGGGUUCCAGACCAGAGAGAAUGGUGGAGCUCUAUGCACUCAUGGCCGAGCUUUAUGACGAGCUGUGCAAGCUCCACGAUUUCAUCACGAGGGAGCAGCUCAAGGAACUGAGGCCAGCCAUUGACUUCAACCGGCGAUCCAUCAAGAUCAGGGAAACCUUGGAGGGAGAGAGGCACAAGUACAAGAUGGCAGACUCGGUGAUGCGCCUGUCUUUCAAUCUGAACAACUGGUCCGAGUGCGGGGGAGACUCCUCGCUGUCCGCGGAGGAAGCCCAGGAUGAGUCGGUCGUGCAGGUCGACGAGGCCAUUCGACUCUUCAAGGAGAUUGGUGAUCUAGGUAAAGAGGCUGAAGCCAGCAUGACCAAGGCCAUCGUCUUCCCUCGCGGUGAACCAGAGCAACUAGAGUGGUACGAGUUGGCCCGAGAGCAAUGCCAGCAAGCCUACGGCGAGAACUGCAAGCUCAUGACCCGAAUCAUGAGCAACACCGGCAUCUACUACGAGGACAGGAGCGACUUCCAGAUGGCCUACGACUACUUCGUGCAGUGGCACGAAAUCUCCAGAGAGGUUUUCGGUGAGCAGCACCCCAAGACGUUAUCAGCCCACAGCUGCAUCAACGAGCCCCGCUACCGACAGAUCCAGGCGCGGCGGGAUCAAGAGAGGCACAUGAACCAGGAAAAUGCCAAUGCGCGGUAGGCAGGGGGGUGGCUGGGAACAGUCACCGGUCCGGUCGAAUAUUACCAGCCGCCGCCGGAAGUAACACAGGCACCAAAGCAAGCUAAUGGCUGGAGCCACCUCCCAUUAGCCUUUGGAAGCGUGGCAGGCACCGUAGAGGGUGCUGUUUGAAGGGGGUAGUUUGGAGGAAACACCGAAGACUUCACCCGCACUGAAUAGCGCCCUCCUAUUGUGUCCACCAUACCUCAAAUAUGAUUAUGGACACGUGUCGAUUCCGGCCGCAAAGGACAUGGUUCACUCCCAGGAGUCUGAACUUGUUCAAAGGUUCUCUACCGUUUCUGCACGCUCAGCUAGUGGAGCACUUGCACUGAAUUUAUUCAGAUUUUGCUCGACUAGAAAGUUCCCGAGUACACACUCUACGGUUCUUAUCAGAACCAUGCCUCUUCCAAAAGAGAUCCACACGGUGUUACCGCAAGCCCCCUCUUUAGUAGAAAGUUCUCCAAGAUGAAAUCUUUAGAUAUUUUGAAUGACCCUUGUGCCCGUUUUGCUUUUUUAUUAUUCCAUUGUAAAGACUGCCGAUGGAGCCUUACUUUGAGGCUGAAAGAAGUAGAUCUUUGUGUCUAUAUAUAAUGGACGAGUUUAUCACCUCAAAUUAUAAUAGUUUGUUUUUAAUUAAGCAACAUAGGUUUGUACAGGAAUGAUAUAAUUGGGCAUGUUUUUGGAGUCUUUUUUGCUCAGAUCUUUUAAACUUUGUUAUAAAAUUGAAAUUUGAAGCCUUAUUUUCCGUCUUAUUUUUAUGGCACUUAGUCUAUCAAGAAAAGGGUAAUCAGAGAUAUUUUCACGCACCGAAUGAACCAAGUCAGAGCCGCCUCAACAUCAAAGUGAAAGACAAAUAGACCCACACUGUCAGAUCUGAAAACCUUUUAUUUUCAUCAAUUUUUAUGUACAUGGGCGAUUACUACAGAAUACUACACCACAGUAACAUACUUGCAUGCAAAUCAAGUUCAUAUCUGAAAACGUUCCCGACGUCUUCGGACUUCAACUUUUGGAAACCUACCCUCCGUGAAAGAGGGAUGCAGUUUUAAAAGAUUUACAUAAAAAUCAUGUAAUUAUGCAAUGGUGACAAAUAAAUAUUUACAGCAGGUUUUCUUGAGUUUGUAUAAAACAAAAGAUUUGUGUGGUUUGGACUUUGGGGCAGAAUUAUAGAGAAGCUGACAGAAAUGAUUGUUUUCUGUUUUUGUCAGCCAUGGUGAGGUCAGUGACCUUCUCAUGCAUGUACAAUAUUUCUGAAGCACUUGGCGUUUUAAUUAAGCAGUGUGUAGUGAGCAUUAUGUACCAAAACAUUUCAGACUGGUUAGUUGAUCUCUCUCAAAUGAUGUGACUUCCGAAAAGGUUGCCAUGUGCAUCUGCAUUCUGGACGUCCAAUUUUCUUGAUGCGCAUCUGCUGCACGGCGUUUCAAAGAUAUUUGGACCAACACAAAUGUGAGCAUAGCGUACAUGCACAACAUCUGCACGCACUCCUGAUGGUGUUGAAUACGCAGCAGGAAAUUCCUUACGAAGAUGGUGUCCUAUGAGACAGAUCUCUACUUAAACUCACGACAGUUUCCAUCCAGUUUUGUCAAGGGAAGCCCAGGAGAAAUUACCCAAAACACAUUUUUAACAGGCUGUGAAAACAAAGAGCUAAAGAAUUGAUCAUCUAAUCAAGCAAGCAGUUCUACUGUUUUGAUGAGCAGAGUCAAUCAACAGCGAAUAUUUGCCUGUACCAUAUGACAGUUUCGGAAUUUCAGACUUACUCUAAAAAGCUGGUUAACAUGCGUAAUAUCCCUGUGUCAGGACCUUCAAUUGUGCCCAGUGCAAAUAUACAGAGAGAUUCUAUUGGACUGGCACUGUGCUCUUUACUAGCAUAGCUCACUUUGUGUUUGUUUUCUGUGGCAACUUUCCUACUUUAUGUAUCCCAAAAUUAUCCCUGCAUAAAAGCCUCUAAUUUACUAGCCCAAAGAACUCGGGCGUUCAUGAGGAAAAUUCAAAUGAAAAGUAGUCGUGUGGCUCAUGGUAAGGGGACUCCUCUGCAGUCGAGUGUGGUCACUGCUUGAGCUUAAAUAGACCACAG